AUGAACUGGAGCCGCAAGGUAGUCGAGCAGGACUACUAUGAAAGUCGACGCGACCACCAACGCGAGCGGGAACGGGGAAGGGAACAAGAAAGGGAACGGGAGGGCUGGUGGCACCCACAUCCGCAUUCGCCAGCUAGCGGUCACAUCGCCCCCGCGUAUGGAUUGGGGUCGGGGUCGGGGUGUGGGCGCGGCACGCGUUGCGCGUGCUCGCCCUCGUGCGUGCUCUUCCCCAGACGGGGCGACGGGCGGGUCGUCCUCCCCGACCCAAGCAUGGUGGUCUCGUUCAGAGUUGCGACCCACAGGCCACCGUAUACAAUUUCGAAACCUCAAGGUUGGCCAUCUUCCUCCACGGUGAAUGUGCCCGUUGGCGGCGGGGGCGUCGACUUCGAGUUUGAGGCUGAGGCUGAGUUGCGGUGGCGGGGGCGGGUGACGACGCCGGCCCCAGCCCCAACGUUAAACUUAAGGCUGACACCACGGCCAAUGCCACGGCGACAGCCCGCACGCGCACCGGCCCCGAGCCCCGGUCCACAGAGCACCAGCAGAGGUGGUAGCGCGCACGCCGCGUCUGCGUCUGCUUCGUCCUCUUCUUCUAGCCGCCCACCAUCUGCAGCUAGCCAUACCACCACCGCCGCCGUGGGCAACUACGCCCAGCUGAGCUCGCUCCCCGAGUUCAAAGCCUUCCGGCUCACUACACAGCCCGAAGGUACCACCAAGGCCUCUUCACGGGCCUCUGAAAACAGGCACAAUACCAACAACACCGAUACCAACACCAACGCCAACGCAGACAGUAGCACCAGAACCCCGCCCAUGGGUGGGGAGAGUGGGAACAGCACAAAGAGAGCAGGGGGAGGAGGAGGAGGGUCAGAGUGGAUGCAGGAGAUCAGGGUAGCGCGACGGACCAAGAAGCAAACGUAUGUACGAUCGGGGACGCACGAUUUUUGUAUCAGAUUGUACACUGGCAAUCAUGUGUAG